AUGGGUUGCAUGAGCCAUCGCAGACCAAACGUUGAGGUCCGGCCUGAGCAGAAGUGGGACUACAUCCAACUCAACGACUUCAAAUCAGGCAAUGCCUUCACGUACUUCGCAUACGGCUAUCUGUACUUCUCGCUCAUCUUGUCGACAGUCGUCUACGCAGUCGACACCUUCACGGCCGUCAACCUACUCGCCUUCAACAAAUGGUCCUCCGAAAUCCAGCCGGCCGUCUCCUUCGACGUGACGAAAUGGAUAUUUUCCAUAUGUAUCAUUCUCUCUUUCAUCAAUGUCGGGUACGAGCACAUCCGAGCUCAACGCAUCAUGAGGCGGGGUGCCGUUGCUGAGUCGUACCUGGACAACUUGGCUGUCCGUCUGGAAAGCGUCAAGAUGGGGAAGGGCAAAGGAUGGCGGAGAUUCCUCGUCUUUGCAGAGCUGACAAAGAGUAAGAAGGGGGCCGAGUACAUCGCCCUCUUCACCUACUUCAGUUUCCAAUGUUUGUACCAGGACCCUUACUACCAGCAUGUGGAAGUCACUAACACAAUUUCAGCCUGGAUUCGUGUUAUUUUCUGCUCUGGCCCACGCCAAGCCGUUAAUGCCCUCACCCUUUACUCGGUGUAUACUGCCAAGCUUGCGAUUGAAGGGGACAACUUCGAACACAGCUUAGAGAACUUCUUCGACAAGAUUAAGACGCUCGCCGAGCAGGACUACCAGCAAGCUUUGAUUCUCUCCGGCAUGCUUUUCACCCUGGUAAUCUGGGCUUUCUCCAUGCUGUCGCUCAUUCUCGCGGCAUUGUUCUUCGUCUUCUUCCUCUGGGGUUGGAUUCCACGGGACGAUGGCGGCCUCUCGGGGUACUGUGACCGGAAGAUUAACAAGAGGUUGAUGAAGAUCGUCUCAAAGAAGGUUAAUGCAGCCAUUGAGGACCAGGAGCGGGCACGGAAGAAGGCCGAGCUCAAGGCCGCCAAGAAGGCAGGCGAGCUGCCACCUGAGGAGCGCAAGGCCACUCUGCCCAACCUAAUGCCAAAGGGCAGCGACGAUGACAAGCUUCCGGGAAUGCCAAUGAUCAGCAGGAACGACACUAUGGCCACGCUGCCCUUGUACACUUCCCGACCAGGAACACCAAGCGGCGGACAGCCUGCCUUGCCUGCCUUCGAACUCAAUCAGAUUCGACCCGUCCCCAGUAGGACGGGCACGACAACGACUGUAUCAAGCCGAGCGCCUCUGCUCGCGGCGGGUGCAGAGAUGGGACGUGCAUCUCCGGCUUUGAGGUCUCCCGUUGGUGGUCCUCCGCCUCUCUCCAGGGUGCAGACCAACCAGUCAAACUUUGGUGCCAAUUCGGUCACCCACAUCUACUUCAAUAGGUUCCUACGGCAUGCCGCCAAGAUCAAACAUGACACCAGCCCCACGCGGAACAUUCGACGACUACAACUCUGGGCGAGCUAG